CGCCACUAUUUUUGCUAGUUUUUUUUUCUACUGAUAUAUGGACUUGUCACUUGCGGAUUGCCACACAGUUCUUCCAGUGUUGGCAGUAGCGGUAUCUGGGAAAAUGGAGGACUCGAGCAUGUUCAUGCAGUGGGCCAUGAGCACGCUGCAGCACGGGCACCCGCCGGCAACGCCGACCGCCGCCUACGACGAUAGCGGCGACACCUUCUCGUCACUCCCAGUGUUCGGAUACUCGGCAUCACUACUGAACACAAUGGUCCCGGAGGAACCACCGGCGCGAGAAGGCCACCGGGACACCAAAUGCUGGAGCUUGGGCAACACCGACAGCGGCAGUGGCGGCGUCGGCGCAUCCGUCGGGGCCGUGGAGCGCGAUGGCAGGUCGCCAUCGCAACACUCGGUCAAGUGUCCCGCGCCCCAGAGCAGCAGCGGUAGCGGCACAAACCAGCUUGUGAGCUGGAAUUUCAACUCGGUGUCGGCGCAGCCAUGCAACGAAGCCAUGCCGAUCUCUGCCGCCGCCGCAAGUGCAUCGAACGACGGUGGCGGCGUGCCGCUGAUGAUGCAGCACGGGUCACCGCGGACAAGGAGAUCCUCUGAGAAAAGCUCGGGGUCCUCGUCGUCGGCGCCGUACGCCCAGGACCACAUCAUCGCGGAGCGGAAGCGGCGGGAGAAGAUCAACCGGCGCUUCAUCGAGCUCUCCACCGUCAUCCCCGGCCUCAAGAAGAUGGACAAGGCGACGAUCCUCUCCGACGCGACGAAGUACGUGAAGGAGAUCCAAGAAAAGCUCAAGGCACACGAAGACAGCAGCGGCAAUGGCCGGAGCGUCGAGUCGGCAGUGCUCGUUAAGAAGCCGCGUAUCGCGGUGCCGGACGACAAGGACGGUCGACCACCUUCGAACGCGGCAUCUGGGCCCGCGAUGGCCAGGAACGCGCUGCCGGAGAUCGAGGCGAGGAUCUCGGACAGCAACGUGAUGGUGAGGAUCCACUGCGACGACGCCAAGGGAUUGCUCGUCAGGUUGCUCGCUGAGGUCGAGGGGCUCCACCUCGGCAUCGCGCAUGUCAAUGUCAUGCCGUUCCCCGCUAGCACUCUGAUCGUAAACAUCGUGGCAAAGGCAAGUUCGCUAACAUUUUCUUAGAUUUGGAGAUGACAAAUUCAUUGUCUCCUGGUAAUUAAUCGGAAAAAAAUCCAUUGUUUUGUGGAGAGACGAUCGACAUAUUUAGAUGUACUGUGUCUACUCAAACCUCGUGUGCAGGGGGUAUUCCUCCAACAAUUUCCAGGUUUCACUCAAAUUGGUUUAGUAAUUGGAUA